CUCCCUAUUAUGGAGGUGCCGUAUGUACCAUCAAGUACCAAGCAAGUUGAGAAUGUUAUGUCGCUGCUGAAAGGACGUGCCGGAAAGAUGGUGGAUUUAGGAUCAGGAGAUGGCAGAAUUGUAUUAGAAGCAUAUAAACAAGGUUUCAGACCAGCUGUUGGCUAUGAACUCAACCCCUGGCUUUUGACACUCUCCAACUACCGCGCCUGGAGAACUGGAUGUUAUGGAAAGGUAUUCUACCAACGGCAAGAUCUAUGGAAGGUGAACCUAUGUGACUGCAACAAUGUGUCUGUGUUCCUGGCUCCCAGUGUGCUACCUCUCCUAGAGACAAAACUGCUUGCAGAACUGCCGGAUGAGGCUCGUGUGGUGUCUGGACGCUUUCCCUUUCCUACCUGGAUGCCAACCAUCAGUGUUGGAGAGGGUAUAAACCAAAGCUGGGCCUAUGACAUCAAGACUGUACGGCAAAUAGAGCACAGCAAAGCUGAGGGAAACCCAGAAUGAGUAAACCCAGGUGUAGCUGAGGUUUACAGGACAACAGUUUGGAAGCCGCUGUAGACGAGGGCCCCUCAGAAUGACGUGAAGGGUAAAUGUGCCUGCUCAGCUGAAUAGACCAGCAAGCAUUGGGAGGCAGCAGAGAAGGAGUCUGCAAUGAGCAGGGAGGGGUGGUGAUUUGUCAAACUUUACCCUAGGUGCGCUGGCAUCUCUAGAAUCAAAAUUCUGGGGAGCCUUUGAGCUGGGAAGUUGGAACUGUCGAAAACAAGAGCCGAAUCUUU